AUGUCAAGCCAGAUACCAAACAGUCUUACUGGGGGAUGUCUAUGCGGAGAGAUCCAAUACACCGUCGAGAUACCAAAGGACAUCUCCUGGCCACCAGAUCCUCACACCUGCUGGUGCACUCAGUGCCGCAAAGCAAGCGGUUCUAUUAUCCUGCACUUCCUCACCUUCCAUCCAUCCACGGUGAAAUGGAAGGGAACGCCCACUGAAUUCAAGUCCAGCACUCAAGGACGCCGUGGAUUCUGUUCAAGCUGCGGGACAAGCUUGUACUUCAAAGACCUGGGACAACCGGCUGAGAUCGAGAUAUGCUCUGGCUCCUUGAAUGAAGAGAUACUGGAGAACCCUGCUCUAGCAAAGGACCUCUGCGACCCUAGCUGUGGGCGUUUCUGGUGUAAGAGGGAGAUCAAGAGUACUAUCUACGAGGCCUCUUCCGGCAAACGAUGGCUGGAGGGAAGCAAGUCACGGCUUAUGGACGAUGAAUAG